AUGAGCGUAUGUUUGAGUAUAUCGCCCAACCCAUUCAUCAUCAUCAUCAUCAUCAUCAUCAUCAUCAUCAUCAUCAUCAUCAUCAUCAUCAUCAUCAUCAUCAUCAUCAUCAUCAUCAUCAUCAUCAUCAUCAUCAUCAUCAUCAUCAUCAUCAUCAUCAUCAUCAUCAUCAUCAUCAUCAUCAUCACAUCAUCAUCAUCAUCAUCAUCAUCAUCAUCAUCAUCAUCAUCAUCAUCAUCAUCAUCAUCAUCAUCAUCAUCAUCAUCAUCAUCAUCAUCAUCAUCAUCAUCAUCAUCAUCAUCAUCAUCAUCAUCAUCAUCAUCAUCAUCAUCAUCAUCAUCAUCAUCAUCAUCAUCAUCAUCAUCAUCAUCAUCAUCAUCAUCAUCAUCAUCAUCAUCAUCAUCAUCAUCAUCAUCAUCAUCAUCAUCAUCAUCAUCAUCAUCAUCAUCAUCAUCAUCAUCAUCAUCAUCAUCAUCAUCAUCAUCAUCAUCAUCAUCAUCAUCAUCAUCAUCAUCAUCAUCAUCAUCAUCAUCAUCAUCAUCAUCAUCAUCAUCAUCAUCAUCAUCAUCAUCAUCAUCAUCAUCAUCAUCAUCAUCAUCAUCAUCAUCAUCAUCAUCAUCAUAUCAUCAUCAUCAUCAUCAUCAUCAUCAUCAUCAUCAUCAUCAUCAUCAUCAUCAUCAUCAUCAUCAUCAUCAUCAUCAUCAUCAUCAUCAUCAUCAUCAUCAUCAUCAUCAUCAUCAUCAUCAUCAUCAUCAUCAUCAUCAUCAUCAUCAUCAUCAUCAUCAUCAUCAUCAUCAUCAUCAUCAUCAUCAUCAUCAUCAUCAUCAUCAUCAUCAUCAUCAUCAUCAUCAUCAUCAUCAUCAUCAUCAUCAUCAUCAUCAUCAUCAUCAUCAUCAUCAUCAUCAUCAUCAUCAUCAUCAUCAUCAUCAUCAUCAUCAUCAUCAUCAUCAUCAUCAUCAUCAUCAUCAUCAUCAUCAUCAUCAUCAUCAUCAUCAUCAUCAUCAUCAUCAUCAUCAUCAUCAUCAUCAUCAUCAUCAUCAUCAUCAUCAUCAUCAUCAUCAUCAUCAUCAUCAUCAUCAUCAUCAUCAUCAUCAUCAUCAUCAUCAUCAUCAUCAUCAUCAUCAUCAUCAUCAUCAUCAUCAUCAUCAUCAUCAUCAUCAUCAUCAUCAUCAUCAUCAUCAUCAUCAUCAUCAUCAUCAUCAUCAUCAUCAUCAUCAUCAUCAUCAUCAUCAUCAUCAUCAUCAUCAUCAUCAUCAUCAUCAUCAUCAUCAUCAUCAUCAUCAUCAUCAUCAUCAUCAUCAUCAUCAUCAUCAUCAUCAUCAUCAUCAUCAUCAUCAUCAUCAUCAUCAUCAUCAUCAUCAUCAUCAUCAUCAUCAUCAUCAUCAUCAUCAUCAUCAUCAUCAUCAUCAUCAUCAUCAUCAUCAUCAUCAUCAUCAUCAUCAUCAUCAUCAUCAUCAUCAUCAUCAGUUGUCAGCAGUUUACUUUCGCUUAGCCACAGAGAGUGGAUCACUCUUUGUCAAUUGGAACUAA